UUAAAAAAUAAUUCAAUAUAGAACACAACUUGUCCAAAAUGCAUAUUGGAAUAUUAAAUUGUAAAAUACUUUAUUGGAUCUCUCGCAGAGAUUGCUGUAUUUUGACAGCCGCCAAUCUCAGAAACGCCAUAAAAAGAAUGAUUACGCGAGUUUUCUGUUCAGCAAAAAAUACAUUUUCCCUGGCUAUAAGACGAGGGAUGGCCUCGGCUAAAGCCAUUGAGGAUAAGAUUCAAGUUGACGAUGUGAAGAUCAAUUAUGUGAAGGUGGGAAGUGGCGAGAGGGCUGUUCUUCUGUUGCCAGGAGCUUUGGGAUCCGCGACAGACUUUGGCCCUCAAAUUGAAAAGCUCCCGGACAUUCUGCCCAAUUUUACAGUCAUCGGAUGGGAUCCUCCUGGCUAUGGCAAGUCUAUUCCUCCCCGGAGGCAAUUCCCUCUUGAUUUCUUCUACAAGGAUGCCAGAUAUGCCCACAAAUUGAUGGAGAAUUUGUCCUUCAAAAAAUACUCAAUUCUGGGAUGGAGUGAUGGUGGAAUUACUGGGAUGAUUCAGGCAGCUGAGUUCCCAAAUGCAGUGGAAAAUCUUGCAAUUUGGGGCUCCAAUGCAUACAUCGCCCCGAAGGAGAUAGAAAUCUAUGAAAGCAUUCGGGAUGUCAGCAAAUGGUCAGAGAGGAUGAGGAAGCCAAUGGAAGAAGUGUAUGGAGUGGAAGAUUUUCCCAAACUCUGGGGCGAAUGGAUAGAUGCCCUUAUGAGAAUUUACAAGGAAAAGGAUGGUAAUCUAUGCAAACAUCUUCUGAAAAGCAUUUCCUGCCCAACACUCAUUCUCCAUGGGCAGAAAGAUCCAAUGAUUGUGCCUGAACAUGUCCCCUAUCUCUUGGAUAACAUCAAGGGAGCUCGUCUGCAUACCUUCCCCGAUGGCAAGCACAACAUUCACUUGCGCUAUGCUGAGGAUUUUAACAAGGAAGUUGCUAAUUUCCUGACCCAAUCAGCCAAGUUGUGAACUUGAACUUUGAAGCUUUUUUUUGCAGGCAAAUAAAGUGUACUCCGAAAGUUCCGGAAAAAAUAUCGGUGAAAUAUCGGGAGGGGUUUUUCGCAGGAAAAAUUGUAUUUUCCUAAGGAAAUUUUCACGGUUUUCUUAUAAAUUGCUUGGAAAGAUGGGAAAGAUUCAUAUUUUAGAGAAUUUUAGUAAAAACAAUCCAGAUGAGAAUAUUGUUGUGAAAUCGGGAGCGAUAUGUGAGGUUAGGUUGAUCCGG